UUCGAAGAGCUGGAACCAAAGCUUUCUUCCGGAGUCCUCCAAUAUGUAGAGCAGCAAAAGUUUGCCUACUUGACGCCGGUUCAGGCGGCUACCAUUCCUCUCUUCUUGUCACGCAAGGAUGUGGCAGUCCAGGCGGUAACAGGGUCGGGAAAGACUCUAGCUUUCCUCAUUCCAGUGGUCGAGUUUUUGUUGCCAAAGAAAUUUCUCAAAACGCAGAUAGGAGCGCUCAUCUUGUCACCGACUCGGGAAUUGGCACAACAAACACACAGGGUCGCACAAGGAUUGUGUGCUGCUUGUAACAUUCCAGAGCCACUUUUAUUGGUCGGAGGGUCUUCGUCUGGAGGAGGAAGCGUCAAUCAUCGUCCCGUGACGGAAGACUUGAAGAACUUCCAGAAAAUGGGAAGCAGCAUUGUAAUUGGGACCUGUGGACGCGUGGAAGACGUGCUCUCACGGUACGCAGUAAUUGAUUGUUCCGAACUUGAAUCGCUGAUUCUCGAUGAAGCCGACGUGCUACUGAACAUGGGUUUUGCGCAGUCGCUACAAAACAUUCUUUCCCGUAUUCCCAAAAUGCGACGGACUGGUUUGUUCAGCGCGACAACCUCCACAUCGACUAGUAGCAGUUUGCAAGAAUGGAUGCAGCGUGCAGGGAUGCGCAAUCCGGUUUGGAUCGAUGUCACGGUCGCCUCCAAAGCGCAACAAGAAGCGCUAGCCAAGAAUGAACCAGCCACAUCAAUACCAGAAAACCAAGCGACGCCAUCAUCGUUGACGAACUACUACUUGGUCUGUCCAAUUGAUGAGCAACUUUCAAGACUCGUUGUCUUUUUGCAACAACACAAGGACGAAAAGAUCAUUGUCUUCUUUCUGACUUGUGCUUGUGUCGACUUUUACGGUUCAGCCUUGGAAAAGCUUUUGCCCGAGAAUUACAUUGAGCUGUUGCAUGGCCGGAUGGUUCAAAAGCGCCGCGAAAAGUCCAUGGAACGUUUUCGAGCCUGCCGGGGAACUGAAGCUCCCGUUGCGAGUGAUUUAAAUGCACUUCAGGGUGGCGCAUUGUUUUGUACAGAUGUCGCAGCACGCGGAUUGGAUGUUUCAGACGUAGAUUGGGUCGUGCAGUUUGACGCGCCACAAGAUCCGGCCUUUUUUGUUCAUCGUGUGGGACGGUCAGCCCGUGCUGGGCGAAAGGGUGCCAGUCUCUUGUUUUUGACCCGAAAAGAAGAACCAUACGUGGAUUUGCUGCAGAUGCGGAAGGUGCCAUUGACACCCGCAAGCGACCCAACUGUUCUCUUGGCUGACGUUCUUCUUGAAAUCAAAGAUCUGAUUCUCAAAGAUAGAGAUCUAUUGGAAAAAGGGACUAAAGCUUUUACAUCAUAUAUUCGGGCCUACAAGGAGCAUCACUGCGCCUUUAUCUUUCGGUUUGCAUCCUUGGAUCUCGGUUUACUAGCGACCUCCUUCUGCCUGCUCCGACUCCCAAAAAUGCCAGAGCUCAAGGUUGUGAUUACCAAAAAUAAGGGCAAACUUCCGCGAUUUACGCCAGCCAGUCACGAUGUGGACAUUUAUGCCAUUCCGUUUAAAGAGAAGGCACGUGAGAAUGCCCGUCAGAAGCGAUUAGAGCAGGAAACGGCCCCUGGGGGGAAAAACGCGAAACUGCUGAAGGCUGAACAGCGAAAAGCCGACAAGGAGCGUCGGGUCGAAGAUCGGCGACAAGCUGCCGUUGAUAAAGGGCGGAACCCGGACAAGAAGCGGGGCAAGCAUGCGCGUAUUGUGGACGAUUGGGAUGAUUUGGCCAAAGAGGAGCGACUGUUUAAGAAGCUUCGCAAGGGGAAGAUCUCAAGAGAUGAAUACGAAACACUGCUUCACGAAAACUAG